CAAGUGUAAACAUCAUGGCGUCGUCUGCGGGGACCGAAAAGGCUCUCGCCCUCCUAAGAAGGUUGCCCAGGAUCAGUUUAUCCAAUUUGAAGCCAAAUCCUGGGGCUCAUAAGAAUAAAACUCGUGCCCGUGGUAUACAUGGAGGCAAGACACAUGGAGCAGGAAGCAAGGGUUCAGGGCAGAGGCAAAAUUUCAUGAGGCUUGGUUAUGAGACAGGGAACAAUCCCUUCUAUCUCCGAUUUCCAUGUCAGAACUACUAUAAGGGGCAUCAUCUGAAAUUGUCAUAUAUACCAUUAUGUAUGGGAAGGCUGCAGAUGCUUGUGGAUACAAACCGUUUGAGAACAGACAUCCCAGUUGAUCUGACUCAGCUGGUUGCUACAGGUUUGUUCUCUGUUCAUCCAGAAGAGAAAGAGGGAGGAAUUAUGCUAGAAGAUGAUGGCAUGGAUCACUUCAAGACCAGAAUGAACAUUGAGGUGCAGUGGGCAACCGAAGCAGUUAUUGCAGCAAUUGAGCGUAAUGGAGGAACCAUCACCACGGCAUAUUAUGACCCUGUUGCUCUCGGUGCUGUGUGUAAUCCUAUGGCCUUGUUUAAAAGAGGUGUUGCCAUUCCCAGGCGCAUGCUUCCUCCCCAACACCUCAUUGACUACUACAGUGAUCCAAAGAAUCGAGGUUAUUUGGCCGAUCCAGAUUUAGUGGCCAAGGAAAGAUUCAUCUUAUCACAGAAAUAUGGGUAUGAGCUUCCUGAUAUCAAUUCAUCUCCAGAUAAGGAUAUGCUUCUGGAAAGAAAGGAUCCACGUCAGAUAUUUUAUGGUCUUGAACCAGGGUGGGUUGUUAACAUGAAAGAUAAGGAAAUUAUUAAGCCUACUGACCCUGUUCUCAAGGAGUUCUAUGCAUCAUAAUGAAAUGAAAAGAAGGUAGAAUUAUGUCCAUAGUUCUGUGAAUCUGUAUUAUAUAGUUGGCUGGUACUAAUAAACUUCAAGCCUGAUCAUUCUGUCUAUGUUGAACAAUACUUAUAUGAUAAUGUAAAUAUUUUGUUUAUAUAUUUGCUGUGUCAGCAGUGGAAAUAAAAAAAUACAUUCACA